AUGUCCACUACCUCUUCUCCGUCUUCCGCCGGCAACAACGGCGACGACAGCGCUUCGUCGCCAACCACGUCGGCCAUCGUGGCGCAGGUCGUGUCCGGGUCGCACGUCGUCAAGAUCGACGGGUACUCCCGCACCAGGGGCCACGGCAACGGCAGAUUCAUAAGGUCCGAAACGUUCCAUGUCGGAGGGCAUCGCUGGGGCAUGCACUACUACCCCGACGGCGACAGCCCGUAUAACGCCGAUUGGAUAUCCAUGUAUCUGUUUCUCGAUCACACCGAUGGCAACGAGGUCAAGGCACAGUUCAACAUCAGCUUGAUCGCCGAUCAGCAGCACGGGGAAUCAUACGGAAAAACAACCAGCCGGUUCUACGCCUUCACGGUCACGCGACCAUGGGGCUUCGGCAGAUUCAUCACAGCAAAGGACCUGGAGGAAUCCGUUUACCUGAAGGACGACGUGUUCACAGUCAGGUGCGACCUAACGGUGACAAAGGAGAUCGUCGCGGAGAUCACCACGCCUCCGGCGGUCGUGGUGCCGCCGUCGGACAUGCACCACCAUCUCGCCUGGCUCCUCUCGUCCGGCGAGGGCUCCGACGUCGCCUUCGAGGUCGGCGACGAGACGUUCCCCGCGCACAGGUACAUCCUCGCCGCUCGGUCCGCCGUCUUCAGAGCCGAGCUCCUCGGUCCGAUGAAGGAGAACGCCGCCGCUCGCGUGCGGAUCGAUGACAUGGAUCCCAAAGCGUUCGGAGCUAUGCUGCACUUCGUAUACACCGACUCGUUGGCCGAGGGUAGCACGGUAGCCAUGGCUCAGCACUUGCUCGUGGCGGCGGACAGGUACGACAUGAAGAGGCUCAAGUUGAUCUGCGAGGAGAAGCUGUGCAACAACCUCUGCAGAAGCACGGUGGCUAAUACGUUAGCGCUGGCCGAGCAGCACGGUUGCGGUGCGCUCAAGAAGGCAUGCUUCAAGUUUCUCACCUCUCCGGGAAAUUUUAAAGCAGUUAGGGCGUGCCAGGGAUUUCAGCACCUCAAGAGGAGUUGCCCCUCCGUUCUGGAGGAGUUGAUCGCCAUUCUUGCUCCGUGA